AUGGCUCGUUUUGUUCCCUACUUGUGCGCGGAGAAGAUGAAGGAGUUGAGAGAAAAUGCCAGUGCAAUUGUUGCUCCUGGUAAAGGCCUCCUCGCCGCCGAUGAGAGCACGAGUACAAUUGGCAAGCGCUUUGCUGCUAUCAACCUGGAGAACACUGAGGAGAACCGUCGGGCUUAUCGCGAGCUCCUCUUCACCACCGAUCCUGAGUUUGCCAAACACAUCUCUGGUGUCAUUCUCUUCCACGAGACUGUCUAUCAGAAGACUAAGGAUGGUAAGCCAUUCGUGGAGCUUCUCCGCGAACGUGGUGUUGUUCCCGGCAUCAAGGUCGAUCUUGGCGUCGUGCCUCUUGGCGGCACCGCCGAUGAGUGCACCACUCAGGGCUUAGACAAUCUGGCUCAACGCUGUGCCCAGUACUACAAGGAUGGCUGUCGCUUUGCUAAGUGGCGCUGUGUCCUCAAGAUCUCCUCACAUAAUCCGUCCUACCUCGCCAUGCUUGAAAAUGCCAACGUUCUUGCUCGCUAUGCUUCCAUUUGUCAACAAAACGGUCUCGUGCCUAUUGUGGAGCCCGAGGUUCUUCCUGAUGGCGACCACGAUCUGGAGACUGCCCAGCGUGUGACUGAGCAGGUGCUUUCUUUCGUCUAUAAGGCUCUUGCUGAUCACCAUGUUUACCUGGAGGGUACUCUUCUGAAGCCUAACAUGGUAACCUGCGGCCAAAGCUGCACAAAGAAAUACUCCGUGGAGGAUAACGCCCGUGCCACCGUUGAGGCUCUUCAACGCACUGUGCCUGUUGCCGUCCCCGGUAUUGUCUUCUUGUCGGGUGGCCAGUCUGAAUUGGACGCUACAAGAAACCUAAACGCUAUCAACAAGUAUCCAGGCAAAAAACCAUGGGCCCUCUCAUUCAGUUUCGGUCGUGCCCUGCAGGCCUCGGCCAUCGCUGCUUGGCAAGGCAAGCCGGAAAACGUAAAAGUUGGUCAGGCAGAGUUCCUGCAAUUGGCCAAAGCCAAUGGCGCUGCCAGCUUGGGCAAGUUCGAGGGUGAACUGAAGACCGCCGCUGGUCAGAAGUCACUGUUUGUGGCCAACCACGCCUACUAG